CCCACCACCCACACACCACCCUCAACCGGUCCUCCCACCUACCAGCCAGAGGGGAGCAGAGGGCGAAGGAUGAGGGGAAGCAAAGGGGGCUCGCCCCGGGGGCACAGGCAGCAGGAGGAGCAGCCAGCGGCGGGCGAGAUGGAGUCUCAGUCUUAUGACGAGGAGAGCGAGUUGCCGGACCUCAUCAUGGACAUUGAGGACGACGUGCUGCAGGGCCAGGAGUACGAGGAGUCGGAGGUGAGUGCAGAAACGUCCCAGGACAAGAGCCGUGCAUUCUUCAAAGGACUGGCCCUCCUGGGCCUGGUGCUCUGUCUGGUCCUGCUGGCUCUGCUGGUCUACUUUGGAGCAACAUAUGCGGGGGCAUCGGGGAAGCUGCGGACGGCGCGGGACAGCCUGCAGAACACGACGGAGGGCUACCUGAAGCUGCAGCAGCAGGUGCAGCUGCGGGAGGAGCAGUUCUGCACCCAGUUCCGCAACUCCACCGAGCACUGGCUGCACCUCUUCUGCGAGAAGUAUGAGUGCCCCUCCCGGAUAUGUGACCCUGGCUGGCUGCUGUUUGGCAGGAGCUGCUUCCGAUUCCUCAACAUCAGUCGGAGCUGGGAUCAGAGUCGAGAGGCUUGUGCUGAGCUGCAGGGACACCUGGCUAUCAUCGGCAGCGAGAAGGUGCAGACCUUCCUGUCAGAGCAGGUGAAGGAUCUGUCCCACUGGAUCGGGCUGACGGACAAGGUGACGGAAGGCAGCUGGGUCUGGGUCGACGGCACUAAGGUGGUGGAUGGGACAACGUUCUGGGCGAACGGCGAGCCAGACAACGCCUACAACAGGACGCUGAGAGAGACUGAGAACUGCGGCCUGCUGAGCCAGCGCGGCUGGGCGGACCAGGUCUGCGCCCGCCACUUCCCUGCCAUCUGCGAGAAAUCCGCUAUCCGCCUGCACCUCAUCUUCCAGCGGGCUCGGAGGGGCUGAGCGGGCACCUCCUCGCGGCUCCCCACUCCCCCCAGGGUCUGUGGGAGACGGGACACUCCCCCCGGCUCUGUGGGGGAUGGGACACCCCCUGCCUCCGCUGUCUCCAGGGUCUGUGGGGGACGGGACAGCCACCCCAUAACUCUGCUCUCCCAGAGGAGGGGGACGGGUCGUCCCCACCCCUGACUCCCCUCUCUCCGGGGAGGGGGACUGGACCCCCCCCCCCACGCCUCUG